ACCCAUUGUCGUUGGCAGUUACCUACAACAGUGGACCGUCUCUGUGCUGGCCUUAUACCGGGCAGUUUAAUGUGUGUUGUGGAAACAGUUUCGGUAUACACGGUCUCAUCACGGAGCUGCACUACAGGACCCUAGAGCCGCAUCAACUGUCCGUUUAUUUACGGUUUAGUAACAGGGUUUCAGCUGACCAUGGACUGAUAAAGGUUCACAAAGCCGUCGGUCAGAGUAUGUUUGUGUUAGCUACAGAACAGAAGAAAACAACCACCUACCUUAGGUUAAUACUCAAAGGAUGAUUUGGACAUAGUGAAACUGAGAGGCAGGCGCUCUUAACGAAUGAAGUAUAGUAAGUAAGACGAAGCUGGUGAAGAUGCGCCUUCAGCUGCUGACCGAGCUGCAGAACAAACCACCAAAGAUGAAGAGGCUCCAGACAGCGAUUCCAAACCUUCAACUACGACUACAGAGAGACACAUCUCCAUCCAGACUAAACUAGAGGGACUCGAGAUGCUGGUUGACCUCAACGGUGCGGGACGAAAGUCGUGUCCUCUGUGUCCUGAGGAGAAGUUUAAGGCCUGUUACAGCCACAAGCUCCGCAGACACCUGCAGAACCUCCACUGGAAAGUCUACGUGGAGUUUGAAGGCCAGAUGAUGUGUAUCUGUCAUCUGCCCUGCAGAAACCUGAAGCCCAACCUCAGUGGAGAUCAGGCCUCGGGGAGACAUGUGGCUCACUACCACUGUGUUGUGUGUUCAGUCACCAUCGCUAGAAAGACAGACAUGGUCAGCCACCUGAAACGACACGUCAACAAAGGAGAGACCGAAGCCAGCUACUCCUGCAGCUCAGACGUACCGCUUGAAGAGCCGGCUCCGUCUGGUCAGGCGUUUGAAAUCAUGAAAGAACUUGGAACCAACGUGCAGCUCCUUCCAAACCACACCACUCCGCAGAAGAGCGACACCUACUUCAACCGCAAGAUGAAGACCAACAGGCAGUUGGUGUUUUGCUCGCUCGCAGUUCUGGCUGAGGAGAGAAACCCGCUUGAGUGUCUGGAUGCUUUUGGAGCCACAGGGAUCAUGGGCCUCCAAUGGGCGAAGCACCUCCGAAACUCUGUUAAAGUCACCAUAACUGACAUCAGUGACACAUGUGUCAAAAUGAUCAAAGAGAACUGUGAGCUCAACAACAUCCGAGUGGACGGCAGCUCGCGAGUUCCCAGGGGACCUGACGGGGCUGGAGGUGAGGUCAAAGGGGCGCCCAUCACCAUAGUGGAGGUCGCCAAGAUGGACGCAAAUGUCAUCAUGCACCUGCGGCCAUUUGACUACAUUCACCUGGACCCGUACGGGACAGCUGUGAACUACCUGGACGCUGCCUUCAGGAACGUCCGGAACCUGGGCAUCAUCUCUGUGACGUCCACAGACACAGGCUCUCUGUACUCCAAGUCUCCAAACGUCACCCUGCGGCACUACGGCUGUCACAUCGUACGCACCGAGUACUACAAAGAGCUGGCCGCGCGCAUGGUGGUGGCCACGGUGGCCAGAGCUGCCGCUCGCUGUAACAAAGGCAUCGAGGUGCUGCUGGCGGCGGCGUUGGAGCAUUUCGUCCUGGUGGUGGUGAGAGUCCUCAGAGGUCCGACGCAGGCGGACGAGUCAGUGAAGAAGUUACGAAAACUGGUACACUGUCAGUGGUGUGAGGAGAGAGUCUUCCUGAAACUGGGGAACAUGGUGGACGACACGCUGCCCUGUAACUGUCAUGGGAGUCUGCCUGGAAAGACUGCAGUGCAGCUGGGACCGCUUUGGUGUGGCCCCCUAUUCAACACGGGCUUCCUGCGGAGGAUGCUGUCAGCGGCCGUGCAGCACAGCAUGGAUGACAUCCAGCCUCUCGUCAAAACUCUGAUCUGCGAGUCUGAGUGCACCACCCUCAAGUCUUUCGUCCACGGGCCGUCUGCGCUCACAAACCAGGUGGAGUGUGGAGUCGUCAUUAAGACGUUGCAGAGUGGUGAGGAAUCUGGUCCUGCUGGUCAGUCUGGAAAAAGGAAGAGCAUGGACGAGCCGGGGAAUAUGGUGAAGAAGCUGAAGUCUGAUGCGUCUCUUGAGCACCCACCCUUCUACUACAGCAUCCACCGCCACAGCAUCAGAGGCAUGAACAUGCCCAAGUUGAACAAGUUUCUUCAGUACCUGACCGAGGCUGGCUUCAGGGUGAGUCGCACUCACUUCGACCCGACGGGGGUUCGAACCGACGCCACACUGGAGCAGUUCAAAUCCAUCCUCAGCAAAUACAGCGUCCCUACAUACACCAACGCCACAGCCACGCAGACAAGUGUGAGCACAGAGAAAACACUUUGAGAGCAGAAUCCAUUUGUUCCAGUUUUUACUGUUUCUACUAAAAACAUGGCAAGAUCUGACUGCACUGAAAUCUUAAAAACACACCAGCUGUUCUAUAUUCUGAAAAAGUUUAACGAAAAACUCCUGAGUUAAACCAAAUUUACAUUUAACUUCAAACCAAAUUGAUCCUCAGCAAAAUGAGCCCAACUGAUCCUCUGCUUUACUAUUUAUUUCAGAUUCUAUCAACAAAAUCUAUGUUUUAAGCUUGUUUAUUUUUUCUAGCUGCUUUGUUGACUUGUUUUUUUGUGAUUUUUGCCUUUCUUCUUAAAAAAACAAAAUAAAAUGCUUAUGCAAAGCCUCAA